AUGUGGAAGGAUAUACUACUACAGUCUAAACAGAGUAGUAACCUGGUGGGUAUUUUUCUGGACAAUUGUAAGGUGAAAGUGGGCAAUGGUCAUAGAAUCAAGUUUUGGACGGAUAAGUGGUGUGAAAACUUGUGCCUUAAAGAUGCAUUUCCACUGUUGUACAGGGUAGUAGUUGAUAAGAGAGUGUCAUUAUCUGCUAUGAUGGUCAGGAAAGAGGAAGCUGGUGAAUGGGUAUUUCAGUUUCGAAGGGCUCUGUUCGACUGGGAAAGAGAGGAGGUAAUCAGAUUGGUAAAUCAGAUUGAGGCAGGUCCUGUUAUUAGGUGUUACUUAGAAGAUGCUAUUGUUUGGAAAGCCUUGGAAUUUAGAAGCCCAGUUAGCAAAAGGAUUUGGGUUAAACAUGUCCCACCCAGAGUUCAAUUUUUUGGAUGGCUCGCUUGGAAAGGAAAACAAAAGACGGCUGAGUUUCUGUACAGGAUUGGUGUUCUGCCUGCUGGUGCAUCUGUAGUAUGUUGUCUAUGCAAAUCUGGAGCUGAGUCUCUUAUCCAUGUGCUUCUAUUAUGUUUAGUGGCUUGGAGAGUGUGGUAUGAAAUGCUUAGAUGGUGGAAGGUUCAAGGAGCAUUGCCAGCCUCAGUAGAGGACAUUCUUGAAUGGUGGUCAGGGGUGGGUCUCACCAAAAAGGAAAGGAUGAUGUGGAAUGCCAUUCCUUUACUUGUGAUGUGGUCCUUAUGGAAACAUCAUAAUGAAUGCUUAUUUCGGGAGGUUGUCCCAAGUGUGGAUGGGAUUACGGAUCUGAUUAAGUUAAAAAUGGCUGUGUGGUUCAAGGAAGUAUUUAAGGAACAUAUGUUUUCAGUUCAUGAUUUCGUAUUUAAUCUAGAGCGCAUCAGAUUUAGUUUGGGAGGUGGCUACAGUGAGUGA